CAAUGAUUGGAUUUUCUUCCUCGUCUUGGAAGAUAUUUCGAAUGCUUUUCCUGUUUGCGCGUCGUGAUGUCUAUUCGGAGUAUUUUGGUUCUGAAAAAAAAAAGCUAGCCGAAGACAUUGAGUUGUUUCCUGAUAGUUUAAAAGGAAGCGCGUUAAAGAUGUGUUUUUGGUUCAUAUGUGGAAGAUUUAGCGUACUGGGUUGAGUGGAGAGAAGGAUGCCUAUAGAUAGUAGUGAUUCCUUUCUGGGUCGAUAUGCAGAUUUCUCCUUAAGGCAGGCUGGUGUGGAUUCGUUAGCUUACAAUGAGUUUGGUUGAUAUCCAGUUGAUGGAGGUUGGAGAAUAUUGGAUUUAUGGAAUGCGGGAAGAUAGAAGCUUGAAGUUGCUCAAUACAAUGACAACCGUCCCAUGUAGAAACAUUCUAGUGCCUCAAUUUGGACUGCAACCUCAAGUAAUAUUAAGAAGUGCAUCUCCAGGAGUCAAGAUCUGUUUUUCUUACACGGCGCUCACACUCCAAACUGGUCUUACAUCAAGGAACAGUCUGUCAUCGUCACGAGCCAGUUUUCUUGGUCAAAUAUCUUCAUCUGCUCUGUACAAUUCCAGCCCACACCUAAAUACUAGGCGUAAUAGGAGGGCAGAAAUUGUCGUUAGAGCUGAAUCUGAUUUCUAUUCUAUCCUUGGUGUCUCAAGAAAUGCAAGUAAAUCCGAAAUAAAAAGUGCAUACAGGAAGCUUGCUAGGAGUUAUCAUCCUGAUGUCAAUAAAGAAUCAGGAGCAGAGCAAAAGUUUAAGGAGAUUAGUAAUGCAUAUGAGGUUUUAGCUGAUAAUGAAAAAAAGUCUCUGUAUGAUAAGUACGGAGAAGCAGGCCUCAAAGGUGCUGACAUGGGCAUGGGGGAUUUCAACAAUCCAUUCGAUCUAUUUGAGUCAUUAUUUGAAGGCAUGGGUGGGAUGGGUGGAACGAGAGGUGCUCGCAACAGACCUAUGCAAGGUGAUGACGAGGGUUAUAAUCUUGUCCUAAAUUUCAAAGAUGCAAUUUUUGGUGUUGAGAAAGAUAUAGAAGUUACAAGGCUAGAAAGUUGUGGAACAUGCAAUGGAUCUGGUGCCAAACCAGGUACAAAGACACGCAAAUGCAGAACUUGUGGAGGUCAAGGUCAGGUCGUCUCUUCUGCAAGGACACCACUGGGUGUAUUCCAGCAGGUCAUGACUUGUUCAACUUGUGAUGGUACGGGUGAAUACUCUACCCCAUGCAGCACCUGCAACGGGGAUGGCUGUGUGAGGAAGACAAAGAAAAUUAGUCUGAAGGUGCCACCAGGAGUUGACUCUGGUAGCCGGCUGAGGGUCCGGUCGGAGGGGAAUGCUGGAAGGAGAGGUGGUCCUCCCGGUGACCUUUAUGUCUUCAUCGAAGUUCGCUCAGAUCCUGUGCUUAAAAGGGAGGGAACCAACAUUCUUUAUGAUUGCAAGGUAUCCUACAUUGAUGCUAUCUUAGGGACUACCAUGAAUGUUCCUACAGUGGAUGGAUCAAUAGAUCUGAAGAUUCCAGCUGGGACGCAGCCAGGUUCAACUUUGGUAAUGGCCAAAAAGGGUGUCCCUUACCUCGGUAAGCGAAACAACCGGGGAGAUCAGUUGGUUCGAGUGCAGGUGGAAAUUCCAAAGAGAUUAAGCAGUGAGGAAAGAAAGUUGAUCGAGGAGCUUGCGGACCUAAACAAGUCCAAGACAGCAAACAGUCGGAGAUAGAAGAUUGUUUGCCAUUUAUUGCUACCAUUAGUCUUCCUGUCCCUCAGAGUGGAAGAACAUCUCUAUAGGAACGUUGAUCACCAAGAGAAUUAGGGGGGUUACACAGUAUCUAUUAUUUAGAGAUCACCAACUCCGAGCACUGUUGGAGGCAUCACCAUGUUGACGAGAUCUUAUCCUAAUAUGUCGACGAGGAUAUCCUUAAGCCACUUAUAUGAUGAUUCUUAAGAUCUUACAUUACAAUUUUGUAUGAUUUGAUAUUAAAGUCGGGGAACACUCCCGCCAUGAAACAUGUAUUAGCAAUACUCUUCUAUAGUCGGCUACAUAGUUUUUCCUUCUGUUGAGAUCUAAACUUAAGAUUUAUUGGCUUGUAUAAAUUUGAAGCAGUUUCUUGAAUGAAACUGAUCAAAUGAAAUCUUCCAUAAUUAUGGACC